AUUCCUCGGGGAGGGCGGCUGAGUUUCGUGCGCCUCGGCCGCUGCGCGCGCCGCUCCGGGCCCCGCCGCGCCCCGCCCGCGCCCGGGACCGCGCCGCGGCGCUCACGGCCCCGCUUAUUUGUCUUUGGAGCAGGCGGGCCGCGCCAGAAGCGGGCGAUCCCGCAGUGUCCUGCAGCCGCGGACGCGCCGGCCGGGAUGACACCGCGCUGAGCCCGACAACAACAACAACAACAAGCGCCGCCGCGUCCUGCUCCGCGCCGCCCGCCCCGCGCGGCCGGUGUAUGCGGCGCCCGCCCGGGACGCGCUGACCGCGGCCGCCGCUCCGCAGGCGCCGAGCAGGGCGAGCGCGGCCGGGCGGCCGCCUGCGCCGAGCCCGAGCCCGAGCGCCGCCGCGGGAGCCCGAGGCCGGCCGGAGCCGCGGCCGCCCAGCAGGGUUCAUGUUCGGGAUCCAGGAGAACAUUCCGCGCGGGGGGACGACCAUGAAGGAGGAGCCGCUGGGCAGCGGCAUGAACCCGGUGCGCUCGUGGAUGCACACGGCGGGCGUGGUGGACGCCAACACGGCCGCCCAGAGCGGCGUGGGGCUGGCGCGGGCGCACUUCGAGAAGCAGCCGCCCUCCAACCUCCGGAAAUCCAAUUUCUUCCACUUCGUGCUGGCGCUCUACGACAGGCAGGGGCAGCCGGUGGAGAUCGAGCGCACCGCGUUUGUGGACUUUGUGGAGAAAGAGAAAGAGCCCAACAACGAGAAGACCAACAACGGCAUCCACUACAAACUCCAGCUGCUCUACAGCAACGGGGUCAGGACGGAGCAGGACCUGUACGUUCGCCUCAUAGACUCCAUGACCAAGCAGGCCAUCGUCUACGAGGGCCAGGACAAGAACCCGGAGAUGUGCCGCGUGCUGCUGACCCACGAGAUCAUGUGCAGCCGGUGUUGUGACAAGAAAAGUUGUGGCAAUAGGAACGAGACCCCCUCAGACCCAGUCAUCAUUGACAGAUUCUUUCUAAAGUUUUUCCUCAAGUGCAAUCAGAACUGUUUGAAGAAUGCAGGAAACCCUCGGGAUAUGCGGAGAUUCCAGGUGGUUGUGUCGACCACAGUCAACGUGGACGGCCACGUGCUGGCCGUGUCCGACAACAUGUUCGUCCACAACAAUUCCAAACACGGGCGGCGGGCCCGCCGCCUCGACCCGUCAGAAGCCACUCCGUGCAUCAAGGCCAUCAGCCCCAGCGAAGGCUGGACCACGGGGGGCGCCACCGUCAUCAUCAUCGGCGACAACUUCUUCGACGGGCUGCAGGUCGUGUUCGGGACCAUGCUGGUGUGGAGCGAGCUGAUCACGCCCCACGCCAUCCGCGUGCAGACCCCGCCGCGGCACAUCCCCGGGGUCGUCGAGGUCACCCUGUCCUACAAGUCCAAGCAGUUCUGUAAAGGUGCUCCUGGGCGCUUCGUCUACACCGCCCUUAAUGAACCCACCAUAGAUUACGGCUUCCAGAGGUUGCAGAAAGUGAUCCCGAGGCAUCCGGGGGAUCCCGAAAGGUUACCCAAGGAGGUCCUGCUGAAGCGGGCGGCGGACCUCGUGGAGGCCUUGUAUGGGAUGCCCCACAACAACCAGGAGAUCAUCCUGAAGCGUGCGGCCGACAUCGCCGAGGCGCUGUACAGCGUCCCUCGCAACCACAACCAGAUCCCCGCCCUGGGCAACACCCCUGCGCACACCGGCAUGAUGGGCGUGAACUCCUUCAGCAGCCAGCUGGCCGUCAAUGUCUCGGAGACGUCCCAAGCCAGCGACCAAGUCGGCUACAGUCGUAACACAAGCAGCGUGUCCCCGCGAGGAUACGUGCCCAGCAGCACUCCCCAGCAGUCCAAUUACAACACAGUGAGCACUAGCAUGAAUGGAUAUGGAAGUGGCGCCAUGGCCAAUCUAGGGGUGCCGGGCUCGCCUGGAUUCCUUAAUGGCUCCUCCGCUAACUCUCCCUACGGCAUGAAACAAAAGAGCGCCUUCGCGCCCGUGGUCCGGCCCCAAGCUUCUCCUCCUCCCUCCUGCACCAGCGCCAACGGGAACGGACUCCAAGGCUCUCUGCUGGGUGCUGAGGACGUUGCCAUGGAGAAGACAAACUGGCCCUUUUGUGAAGUCGGUGGCAUAUUUCACUUUGAUGAACUAAUGCUCAAAAAAGGAACUGGAAAGCUAUGUCUGGGCUGGUAGUCCCGCCCAUGUAGGGGCGCCCGGCCCGUCGGCACCCGGCACCCACGGACGGACUUCAGGGGACGCGUUUCGCAGACCGCGCCGUGCCGAUGGAGACGGCCUCGCCGCCGCGCCCGCAGCGGGAACGCCACGCAAGACUCUGUUUAAAGAUUUUAUUUAAACUAUUAAGAGUCAGCACCGGACAACCGGCUUCUUCACGAACAAUUCCAUUUUGUUGACUGAACUUUUCUCAUGUUCCCACAUUUCUCAGUCCCACGACGAGGGAGAAGAAAGCGACGCCUAUUUUGUAUAAAGCCCCCGGCUCCGUCCUGGCCGUGUCUCGUACUUGCUAUGUGUUGGGAGAAACUGUGAAUGCGACAUGUGAUGGCCGCGGGGCGCGAUGACGGGGCCUCCAGACAUUCUCUGUGCUCAUAUUAGAUUCACAAUGGUUGUGUAUCUCUAUAAUGUGAAAUAUUUUUUUGUGGUGAAAAAAGGGGGCCAAGGAGGUCUGAGCCAUCAAACUGGAAGAGAGGGUGCCUAUAUGGUUAGUAAGAGAGUUGGGGUGGCAGGGUGGGGGAGGGUUUCCCAUUGCUUAACUUCAUCUUAAGGAAAUGAAACUUUGUAACUUAUUGUAGUUAGAAAUUGUAACUUUGAUAUUGAAUUCUCUUGCCUUCGACAAGCACACUGACAGAGAAGAUGCUACUGUCUGUUGGUUAAAAUAUUCUCCCACCGCUAGAGCUUCCUGUCCGGCAGGUGAGACCUGCGACAUUUUCCAGCUUUUGCUAGCACUGUAUACUAUUGCAUUCUUAGGCUACUGUGAGGUCCAUGUUUCUUGUACCAGGAAUUGUCCUUUUGACUUCUAGAUCCUUCUUCCCUAAUGUGUUUUGUAUGUGGUUAUAAAAUUGUAGACUUUUGUGAUUUUGCCAAAGUUGUAGCUAAAUAUUUAUACACUUGUCUUGAAUUUUUUUCAGAUCCACUUAAAUAUUUAGAAAAAAAAAAACAAGUUUUGUUCCUUAUGUGUCCUAUAAGGAAUAAAAUGGUCUCCAUUCUACACUUUUCCAUGAACACUUGCAGUUGCUAAGGGAGUUUAUUUUGUAACAUAUCAAUUAUAAAUAUUGUAUUUAUCUUUGAGAUUUUGUACAUCGCGUUUCCGCCCUUUGCGUCCUGGUUCUCGAGUCUGUGUUGGCUGGACACGGCCCGGCGCGGUGCUGGGGAGGCCGGCGCCCGGCGCUGGGGCCUCUGCACUGGCCAGUGUCCGCCUCUCGUGUAUGCUUUGCAGCCUGGCUCCCGUGCUAUCGUUCCGACGUUCCAUCCUUUUUUUUUUUUUUUUUAUUUUGAGGAAAAGUCAAAUUCAUUGUUUAUUUUUAUAUUAUUUUUAAGUUAUCUGAACAAAUACUUUUGGAAAAAAAAAAGCUCGUUGUAUAGUCAGAGGAAGACGGUGCCGCUGGCCCAGUAGACGCUGCAUGUGGGCGGCCGCGGGGGCGGUGCCCGUGGGCUGUGUCCUGAUUUGGUUUUAUUUUUUUGUAGAAUGUAAAAAGUCAUUUUAGCUGCCACCCAUGACUUUGCCACAUAGCUGAACUGUGUUUACUGGAAAAAUUCAGAGGCCUAAAGUUUAAAAUAAAAUUUACUUCUGAUGUUUUAAUUAAAAUGUUUGCCACAUUAACUUCUCUGAUGCCUUAAAAGUGGACUUCUUUAAAGAACCUCUGUGCUACUUUAUCACAGGCUGACACCACAAUGUUGAUCAAUAUUUCAUUUGGAGAUUUAUGAUGUAACACGCGCACACACGCACGUGCACACACGUGCACGCACGCACCCGUGCACACACACGAAAGCACAAG